AUGACGGUCAAGGCGCUGCGAGCCAUUGCAGAUGGCAAGUGCAAGAAGCUGGACCUUCACUACUGCGACUGGGCGGGCAGCUCCAAGGGCAUGAACGGCUUCAUCAAGUCACUGCUCCCCAAGUUCGCAACCGCCAAUCCACAGAUCGAGUUUGCCGUUUCCCCGCGACCUGGCAAGCAUCCCGUCAUCAUCGGCCACUAUAUCAACGGACGAACGAAGCCCAUAUGUGUGCGCAACCUCUCGCCGUACGAGAUUCUUCAAAAGGUGGAAUUGUUGAGAGAUGCCAGCGGAGAGAAGCUGAGACGGACAAACAAGGCGGUUGUGAGCACCAAGCCGAGUGUCAGAGGCAUCUGGUCUCCGUACCAUGGCAAGGGCAUGGCUGUAUAA